GCAAUGCCAGCCCCAACCUGCCUAUCUCCUCCCUCCCUCCCCCUCCACCACACCGCCAUCGCCACCGCCAUCGCCAGCACGAGCCUCCUCUCCGGUGGCCGCCGCCACCGUCGCAGCCGCCCACGGCACAUGUCAGGUCUCGUGCUACUUAAAGCCAAGGCCGGCGAUGUCGACGGCCAUGUCGACGGAGGGGACGAGCGCCUCCUGGCUACGCGGCGACACGCGUAAGAAGCCGACCGCCUUUCUGCUCCGCGCGCUGCUCUUCAUCUGCGUGGCAUUCCGCGUAGCCGCGGCGCUCAUCCGCGUUUUGUACCACGUCGCCGCCGGCAGCGUCCUCGGCGUGGCCAGGGUCCUCUUCGCGGCGGCGAACGAGCGGUGCCUGCGGGGCAUGGACCGGGCGGCGCUCGGGUGCGGGGGCUUCCUCGCGGAUGCCAUGGCCAACUCGUGGAGGGUGCUCAUGCAGGGGCUCGCGUCGCUCAUGUUCCUCUGCGCGCGCGCCGAUGAGUACGUCCGGCAGCCGCCGAGCCCGCUCGUGCUCACGGCCCACGACAAGCCGGCGGCUCAUCCUCAGCAGGUGCACAUUUCAACUGUGGGAAGGGACAAGAUGAGGAUUUCAUGGGUCACUGACGACCGGAGCACGCCGUCGGUGGUGGAGUACGGCGAAUCCCGGGGUAACUACACCGCGUCGGCGACGGGCGACCACGCGACGUACAAAUACUUCUUCUACGAGUCCGGCGCGAUCCACCACGUGACGAUCGGCCCGCUGGCGCCCGGCACGACCUACCACUACCGGUGCGGCAAGGCCGGCGACGAGCUCACCCUCCGGACCCCUCCGGCGUCGCUCCCGCUCGAGCUCGUCGUCAUCGGCGACCUGGGCCAGACCCGGUGGACGGCGUCGACGCUGGCGCACAUCGGCGACGCGGACUACGACAUGCUGCUGCUCCCGGGCGACCUGUCGUACGCGGACACGCAGCAGCCGCUGUGGGACUCGUUCGGGCGGCUGGUGCAGCCGCUGGCGAGCGCGCGGCCGUGGAUGGUGACGGAGGGCAACCACGAGGCGGAGGCGCUCCCCGUCGUCGGCUUCGCGCCCUUCGUCGCCUACAACGCGCGGUGGCGCAUGCCGCACGAGGAGAGCGGCUCCGCCUCCAACCUCUACUACUCCUUCGACGCGGCCGGCGGCGCGGCGCACGUCGUGAUGCUGGGCUCCUACGCCGAGUUCGAGGAGGGGUCGGCGCAGCGCGCGUGGCUGGAGCGGGACCUCGCCGGCGUGGACCGGCGGAGGACGCCGUGGCUGCUGGUGCUGCUGCACGCGCCGUGGUACAACACCAACCAGGCCCACCAGGGGGAGGGCGAGGCGAUGCGCGCCGCCAUGGAGAGCCUCCUCUACGAGGCCCGCGUCGACGUCGUCUUCUCCGGCCACGUCCACGCCUACGAGCGAUUCACGAGGGUCUAUGACAACGAGGCCGACGGCCGGGGCCCGAUGUACAUAACCAUCGGCGACGGCGGCAACAGAGAAGGGCUUGCUCUCAAGUUCCUGGAGGAUCACAAGUCGGCGCACCUGUCGGUGUUCCAGGAGGCGAGCUUUGGGCACGGCCGGCUGAGGCUCGUCGACGAGACGAGCGCCGUCUGGACGUGGCACCGCAACGACGACGAAUACGCCACCGUCCGCGACGAGGUCUGGUUGGAGAGCUUGGCUAGUCCAAAGCUAUCCAUGGCAGCCGUCGGUCGUCAGGACGAGGAGUUGUAGAAUGUUGCAGAUCAGUAAACACCCCACUGUUGGGGCCGCUGGGAAAUCAAACUCUUUAAUUGGGUCAUAAGACAACACUUUCACUAGUACAGAAUGAUGCUCACAGUUCGUUCGAAA